ACUUCCGAUCACUACUAGUUGCUCCCACCUCCCAAAAUUUCAAAAACCCCGCCGGAAAAUGACGGUUUUCUCCGGCAGACAGGUCUUCCCGGUGGACUGCGAGGCCGAGGUUUCGCAACGCCUUCUCGAAGCCUCGCUCGCCGGAGAUCUGAAGUCCGCGACCGAGCUCGCCGCCGAUCCUUUCGUCGACGUCAACUUCGUCGGCGCCGUGUGCCUGAGAUCGAGGAGGACGGAGGUGGUGCUGAGGGACGAGUCGGCGAGCGAGGUCCGAGUUGGUUACGAGGAGUUCAAAACUGACGUCACGGCGCUUUUUGUGGCGGUUCAUGGUGGAAAUGUUGAGCUGGUGAAGAAAUUGCUGAGCAUUGGAGCUGAUGUAAAUCAGAAGCUCUUCCGGGGCUUUGCGACAACAGCAGCAGUGAGAGAGGGCCAUCUUGAGAUUCUCAAGAUCCUACUUAAAGCUGGAGCAUCUCAACCAGCUUGUGAAGAAGCUUUGUUGGAGGCAAGUUGUCAUGGAAAUGCUAAAUUCGUGGAGCUGCUUAUGUCCUCUGAUUUGAUCAGGCCCCAUCUUGCUGUGCAUGCUAUUGUCAUAGCAUGCUGUAGGGGGUUUGUGGAUGUGGUGGACAAUCUCAUGAAGUGUGGUGUGGAUGCAAGUGCUGUCGAUAGGAUACUGCUUCAGUCAUCUAAGCCUUCUCUGCACACCAAUGUCGACUGUAGUGCACUCGUAGCUGCAGUUGUUAGCAGGCAGGUUGCUACUGUCCGUUUGCUGCUAAAGGCUGGUGCAAGGACAGAUAUCCAAGUGAGGCUGGGAGCAUGGUCAUGGGACAUUGCUACUGGGGAAGAGUUGCGCGUUGGUGCAGGACUGGCUGAACCUUAUCCCAUUACUUGGUGUGCAGUGGAAUACUUUGAAGCUAGUGGUUCAAUCUUGCAUUUGCUCCUCCAAAAUAUUUCUCCUAAUACCCCUUACUGUGGAAGAACUCUCCUGCACCAUGCCAUCCUAUGCGGCAAUGUAGGAGCUGUGCAUGCGCUCCUACAUUGUGGCGCCAAUGUAGAAUCCCCCGUUAAAACAACUGGGAGGACAAUGUUUAAUCCAAUACACAUGGCUGCACGCCUUGGCUUGUCAACAGUCCUUCAAUGUUUGAUCGACUCUGGUUGUGAUAUAAACUCCAAGACAGACUCUGGUGAGACAGCUCUAAUGAUCUGUGCAAAAUAUAAACAGCAAGAGUGUCUCAGAGUAUUGGUCAUGGCUGGUGCUGAUUUUGGCUUGGUCAAUGUUGCUGCUCAGUCUGUCAGUUCAAUUUCUGUCACAAAUCGGUGGUCCCUUGGAUUUCAGGAGGUAUUGAUAGGUAUAAUAAGAACCGGCAAGAUACCUAAAUCCAGCAACUUUUCUGUUUUCUCUCCCCUAAUGUUUGUCGCUCAAGCUGGUGAUAUUGAGGCCUUAAAAGCUAUAGUUGAUUCAGGAGAAUUUGAGAUUGAUUAUCAGGAUGAUAAAGGUUUUAGUCCAGUUAUGAUCACUGCUUUGGAGGGUCAUGUCGAAGCAUUCCGGUUGCUGGUUUAUGCAGGAGCUGAUGUAAAGUUGUCCAACAAAUCUGGUGAGACGGCAAUCACUCUAUCAGCAUUGAGCCAAAACCGUGACCUAUUUGAGAAGGUGAUGCUUGAAUAUGCACUCGAAAAGGGCAAUCGAUAUGCUGGGGGUUUCUAUGCUCUACAUUGUGCUGCACGUCGUGGGGACAUGGACGCAGCCAAGUUGUUAACAAGUAGGGGUUACGAUGUAAAUGUCCCUGAUGGAGAUGGUUAUACACCUCUCAUGUUAGCAGCCAGGGAAGGCUAUGGUUCCAUGUGUGAACUCUUGAUCUCUCAUGGGGCCAAGCUAGAGGUCAUGAAUGCUAAAGGCGAAACACCACUCUCACUUGCGAGGAAAAAGGGUGGUCUGAAAAAUGAUGCUGAGCGUGUGAUACUAGAUGAACUUGCUCGCAAGCUGGUGCUUCGUGGGGCUCGGGUUCUCAAGCACACAAAGGGUGGUAAAGGAAGCCCUCAUGAGAAAGAUCUGAGAAUGGUGGGGAGUGCAGGGGUGCUACGAUGGGGCAAGUCGAAUCAGAGAAAUGUGAUAUGCCGAGAGGCUGAGGUGAGUGCUAGCCCAGCUUUUAUCAGGAACAGGCGGAGCAAGAGUGAUGUUAGUGAAGCCGGAGUGUUUAGGGUUGUGACUGUCAAGAACAAGGAGGUGCAUUUUGUGUGCGAAGGUGGGGUUGAAAUGGCCGAGCUUUGGGUGAGAGGUAUAACGCUUGUGACCAAAGAGGCCGGCUAUUUUCAGUAA